CGUGUUUCCUCUGCGUAAACUGCAAUUUUUCAGCGUAUUUAAGAUAGCUGCAUGAUUUUUAUUUUAUUCGUGCUAAAAAUGCAUCCUAGAUGGUAGAGAACAAAGAACGGAAGCCAUUUUCAAGUGUAGGAUAUAGAAAUGAUUAUUUUUAUCAAAGUGACAUCGAGGAAGGACCAUCUGAUUUACUUGGUGAGGCAGAAAACGGAAGGCAUAUUGAUGAAAGUGGUGUAGUGAUAUGCUCCGGUGACCAGUAUUUCGGCAUGAUGAAAGAGUUCAAGGUGCUAUUUCUCUUGUCUUUGCCCAUUUGCCUAUCCACGUUCUUAGAGCAAACACUUUUCCAACUGGUAGCGAGCAUUUUCUGCGGACACUCGAACGAGGAUGUUUACGCCGCAUUUGUUGCUGCCUUGUCUUUUGGAAAUAUUGUCGGAACGGCUGUAAUACUUGGACUGAGUGCUGCUGUUGAUACUUUAUUUGCGCAAUACUAUGGGGGUGAGCAUUUCAAAGAAAUGGGCUUCGUUUUGCAGAAAUCAAUGCUGAUUAUACUGCCAUACAUGAUGGCUUGUGUCGGUCUAUACCUAGUCAGUGACUGGAUUUUGAUUGGUUUGCAUUUCAACGAAGAAACAGCUGUUCUAACGGGAAUUUUUUUGAAGGUUUAUCUAAUAUCACUACCAGGGGAAGUUUUUUCUAUUCUGCUGGGAAAGUUCCUACAAUGCCAAGGGUAUGUGAAAGCGACAGUGUUUGCAAACAUAAUCGCAAAUGCCGUCAACGCUCUUCUCUGCUAUCUGCUGAUUUAUGUGUGGGACGGAGGCAUUGUAGGAGUCAGUUUUGCCCUCGCUAUUUCGCUCAACACUCUAGCUUUCGUAUAUUUCGUGAUCAUCAUACACUUUCGUUUGCAUGUUAAAACUUGGCCUGGUUUUCAUUGGUCAGUUGUCUAUGGAUGGGCGCCCUACGUGAAGCUUGCCAUACCUGGAACAGUCAUGGUAGUUAGUGACAUGGUGAUAUUCGAGGUUGGAUCCGUUCUAGCUGGUAUUCUAGACUCGCAUAACCUUAGUGUGCAAGGAAUUCUGUAUGAGUUUUCCACGUGUCUCUUCAUGUGGGGCGCAGGCGUCGCAUAUGCGGCUAGUAUACGUGUUGGAAACCUGUUAGGAGCUGGCGACUACAAAACGGCGAAGCAAACUGUGUUAUCCUCAUUAAUUUUAGCAUUUCUAAUAGUUUCUUUUUUCUCUUCUUUGUUAUUUAUAUUCAGGAAUAAAGUUGCCUAUCUCAUCAUAUCUGAAGAGAAAGUAGCGACUCAUUUCGCACAGCUAGUUCCUUUUUUGUCUUGGUGCUCAAUCUCUGACUGUUUAGUUGCUGUUUGUAUUGGAAUCCUGAGUGGCUGUGGUCGACAACUAAUUGGCGCUAUCGGUACUUUUGUGAACUAUUACAUAAUCACACUGCCUUUGAGUCUCUGUCUCAUGUUCCUAACAGACCUUAAAUUACAAGGCUACUGGUUAGGUUUGAGUAUUGGGUCAACGAUACAAGCACUCAUUCUCCUCUGUGCAAUAUACAGACUAGAUUGGGAACAAGAGGCGACCAUUGCAAAACAGAGAGCUGCCAACGAUAUCAUGAAUCGAGGUGACAGUAUGCCUCGAUUUUCUAGUUUGAAUGUAAUCAAUCCCAGUCGAGCACCAAGUGCUGCGUCUUUAGCGAGGCAGCUUCAUCAGAGGAGUAAGUAUCACUCGUCGUUCCACCUUUCGCCUCUGAGUGCGAGUACAACUAAAGACAUAGAUGAGGAUGAGCGAACAGUUGAAAGUGAUGCGGUGAUUCAAUCUAAUGAUACUGUAUCGCGCAGGAUCGUUAAUUCACAAUCAUUUAGUGUGUCAACCCCUGAAUUGUACAACCAGGCAUCCUUAGAACAAUUCACAUCAGAUGAUGACGAUGAUAAUGAAACUGACAAUCAAUCUAGAGUUGUGUUUGACGACCAAGUAGAUGCCCAUUCUCCAGAAAAUGAGACCAAAAUAAUAUCAAAAACUUUUGGCGAAGACUUUUUUGCUCGGCAUGUGCCUUUUGUAUCAUUUCGGUGUCAAUGUCUUAAAAUUGUUUACUAUUUUUUUGGUUUCUGUGUGCUAUUAACAGGCCUUCUCAUAUCUGUAGCCUUUCCAGUCAAAGAAAAUAUUUAGCAUUAGAUAGAUUUUGAAAUUUGUAUAUACGUUAUUUUGAGUAUUCAUCGAUUAUCGAUACAAAAUUAAUCAAAAAUUUUUAAAUUUUAUUAUUUUUGUAAUCGCAGUAUGCCUUAGAUUAGGGGCAAUA